UUUGUCAAAAUGUCGGCCAUUCACAAUUUUUAUUUUCUUUCCGAGUUUUAAUCAUGUUCUGGUCUCCAAGUUGUUAUUGUUAAUUCAAUGUAUACUAUCAAUCUUCUAUCGGAAAGGUCUGCUUGAAGAAUUCUGUGAUGAAUCAAGGACGAAGCUCUGAAAAGAGUGCUUCGAGUCGUCUUGGUACUUCCAUCAAAUCGACUUCAACACCAAAUAGCUCUUAUUCAAAGAGGAAAGUUUGCUCAGAAAGCAAGAGGUCCAGCGCUAUAGAUAACGAAACUAGCUCAAAGACUUUUUUAUCCAGYARAGUCCAACAAGAUGAGUUGAAGAUACUUCAGAAUGAAAAUGAAGAGUUGAAAGCCGAACUGACAUAUAUAAAAUCGCUAUAUAAGCAACUCAUUGAAGAAGCACCAAAAGAAAAGUUUGAUGAAAGAAGAAUAAAUUUAUUGAAAUCUCAAGUUAUUCAGCUUGAGAGACAGGUAUCAUUGCAAUCAUGGGCUCUAAACGCAAGAACAGAUGUCCUUACAGAGAUAGAAGGUCAACUUCUUAACGUCAUUGAUCAUCUUAGAUCUAUACAGACUGCAAGUGACGUAACAUCCUAUAGUAAAUUAUCAGAUUUGUUGUCAACUGUCGAGGGCAUUAGACAUUACUUGUUCAAGACUGUAGAGAUAACCAAUCCAGAACUUCUCACACUGCCAUCUCUCUUCAUGGGAAAAUUCCUAAAGACAAAAAGAAGCAGCCACAGUCAUCCAGAAAUAACUUUAUUGGAUAUAUGUAGUGGUAAACUAGAACAUCUCAAUAUCAAGCAAGUUGSUAAACUAGAGUCCAAGUUAAGUAAACUGUAUAAACAUCUGGUCCUACUGGAGCAAACUAUACAUUGUUCAAAUAAGACUUCUGAYGAUUCUACCCCAGUCCUACUUGAAAAUAGUAAGCACAUUGGCCAGCCAAUCAGAUCUCACCUUCACUCAUCACUAGAAUCAACAACUGAAAUCCUUCAUGAUUGUUGUGAAGAUCUUCUGUCGUUGUCAGUACUAUUGCCAUCUGCUCCUUGGCCUCCACUGUCAAAACCAAUCAAUAAAGGUCUGACAUUAGAAGAUAUCAUGGCUCACAUGCCACCAAAUUUAAGCAAGAAAAAAGAAGAAGAGAUUCGUGCAGUAAUUGAAAGUCUGAUGAAAGCUGUUAACUACAACCAACACAUGUAUUCUAUAGAAAUCAAGAAACUAAAAGAAGAAUUAUUGUACCACCAAAAGGUUUACCAGUUACAGCUGGAUUAUACCACCUCCCUUAUCUCAUCUGUCAGAGAUGCAUAUUCWGAAUUUGAAAAAAGUACAAUUGAAAUGCUCUGUGAUCCCUUGGACAUAAUUCUUGAGAAGUAUGAAGCACUGAAGUCAACAGCUUCAGAAGAAGAUCUGAGGCAAUUCCUCACAUCAUUCAAGGGGAAUGCAGACAAGAUUUCAAAUGCAGUUGAAUGCCUACAAACACAUUGUAAUAAUGCAGGAAGCACUGCUCUUUCUGAAUAUGGCCAACACUUUCUGAACUCAUUAAAUGUUCUAACUAAAGAAUGUGGGACCAAAAGAGAUGACCUCAUGAAGGCACUGUUAGAGUUAAAACAAAGUGAGACAACUGUGACAAAAGAGCAAGAUAACAGUAGAGUAAACACAAUGUGAAACAAAAUUGUUUUGAAAGUUGUUUAUUAUAAAUGGUCUAAAUCAAAAUAAAUGCUAGUUGUCCAUGACUACUUAAUAUGCAAAAUAGUAAAUUAUUGAUGCCAGACUA